AUGGAUGUGUCAGUAGUAGCAGUGCCAGACACCAUUUUAAAACCCUCAGCAACACCAGCAACCAUUGCCAUCCCUGCAGUGAGUGAGACUGCAUCACCAGAAGCUGCUGCUUUGGGACCAACAACCCUGUUGGAAUAUUUUUCACCAGUAAAGCCAUGGGAAAGGGACUGGCAUCCAGUGCAAGAAAAACUGCUUGAUUACGUGCUGGAUGUCCAUCGGCCUGGAGCUGAAAUUAUUGUCAAGGAGGGGAAAUUGUGUCUCAUUAGAGAGGAGUUUUGGAGCUUGGGUUUGCUGAGAGAUAUGGAUUCCCACAUUGGAAAUGCCUGCAUGCAGCUUAUUAUUGAAAUGGCUCGGAAUAUUGGCAAAGAUAUAUACAUAGAGAACUUUUAUGUUGUUCCUACUUGGAAGGAAACCUCAAACAUUGUUACAACAUUACCGGAGGAUGCAGAUAUGAAAGACUUGCUAGUCUUCCCAGCAUGGACAAAAGCUAAUGGCCCUGACCACUACAUUGUCUGUGCUUUGCCACGUCAGACAAGAGGGAAUGACUGUGGUGUUUUUGUGCUGAUGUACACCCUCUCAAUGGUCUGUGACAUCGAGUUCGAUUUCCAGGAGGUAAGUUAA